AUGUCGAACGAACGCACCCCUCUGAUCACCUCGGGGGUGUGCGGUCUGACUGUGACCGCCGUGGCGUGCGGCGCGGCAGCAGACCACACCCCGGAGCCCCCCCCCGACUCGGCAAGCCCAGCCCCGCCCCGGAAGCUGAACACCUUCUUCGGAGUGAUGGUGCCGACCGUCCUCUCCAUGUUCAGCAUCGUGCUGUUUCUGAGAACAGGGUUCGUGGUUGGUCAUGCAGGGCUCGUGCAGGGUCUCUUGAUGGUGAUCGUAGCGUACACCAUCAUAUCUCUGACAAUACUGUCCAUCUGUGCCAUUUCCACCAACGGGGCCAUACAGGGCGGAGGCGCCUACUACAUGAUAAGUCGAUCUUUGGGUCCCGAGUUUGGAGGAAGCAUUGGUUUGAUGUUCUUCCUGGCCAAAGUGUGUGCGUGUGGAGAGUACGUUCUCGGUCUGGUGGAGGCCAUACUUGAUGUUUUUGGGUCAGAUCCUGAGUCUUCUGUGUCUGAGGGCGUGCACGUGCUUCCUCAGGGUUACUGGUACACGGUGCUGUACUCCUCGGUGAUCCUUCUGCUGUGUCUGCUCGUGUGUUUGGUGGGCUCGCACAUCUACUCCCGCACCGCCUUCGCCAUCCUGCUGGUGGUCACCGUGUCCCUGCUGUCCGUCGUCAUCAGCACGGUGGCCGUCAAGCCUCUGGACUUCGUCAUCACCCACCAGGGGCCUGGCAACCAGACGCUGCGCUACAACGCCAGCUACACGGGUUUCAAUGCAACCACACUGAGGAACAAUUUGGGCUCUGGUUACUCUCUGGACUACAGCACCAACUCGGUCAUGUCCUUUGCCACGGUGUUUGCCGUCAUGUUCACCAGCUGCACUGGGAUCAUGGCCGGAGCCAACAUGUCAGGGGAGCUGCAGACUCCCAGUAUUUCCAUUCCUAAAGGCACCAUCGUAGCCGUCUUUUACACCUUCACCGUCUACGUCCUUCUUUUCAUCUUGGUCAGCGCCACCUGUGAACGGACUCUGCUGAUUCAGGAUUAUGGCUUCUUCCAGCGGAUCAACAUCUGGCCGCCGUUCGUCACCAUUGGGAUCUGCUGUGCCUCGCUGUCCGCUGCCAUGUGCGCCAUGAUCGGCGCUUCCCGCAUCCUCCACGCCCUGGCAGUGGAUCACCUCUUUGGUUUGCCGCUUGCGCCCGCCGCCGUCACGUCCAAGUCGGGGAAUCCGUGGGUGUCGGUGUUGUACACCUGGGGUCUGGCGCAGUGUGUGGUGUUUGCCGGGCAGCUGAACUCCGUAGCGAGUCUGGUGACCGUUUUCUACCUGCUUGCCUACGCCGCCGUGGACCUGGCCUGUUUGGCCCUGGAGUGGGCGUCGGCGCCAAAUUUCAGGCCGACCUUCCAGCUCUUCUCCUGGCACACCUGCCUGCUGGGGAUCCUCAGCUGCCUGGUCAUGAUGUUCGUCAUUAACCCCGUGUACUCCUCGGGCAGCAUCGUCCUCCUGCUGCUGCUGCUGCUCUUCCUCCACUACCGAUCGCCCACCAGCAGCUGGGGCUACAUCAGCCAGGCGCUCAUUUUCCACCAGGUGCGCAAGUACCUGCUGAUGCUGGACGUGAGGAAAGACCACGUCAAGUUCUGGCGGCCGCAGGUGCUGCUGAUGGUGGCCAACCCGCGCUCGUCCUGCCAGCUCAUCCUGUUUGUGAACCAGCUGAAGAAGGGCGGACUGUAUGUGCUGGGUCACGUGCAGCUAGGAGAUCUGGACUCCCUGCCGUCGGACCCGGUCCAGCAGCAGUAUAACUUCUGGCUGAGCCUGGUGGAUAAGCUGGGGGUGAAGGCCUUCGUGGACCUGACGCUGUCUCCCUCAGUCAGGCAGGGAACACAGCAUCUGCUGCGGAUCACGGGCCUCGGUGGCAUGAAGCCCAACACACUGAUCUUAGGAUUUUAUGACAGCUGCACUCCUGAGGACUUCUUCCUGCAGGACACGGCGUUCUGUGACUCAUCGUUAAAAAAAGCCAGCGAGGAUGAAUAUAACUUUGGGGUGGAUCUGCCCUCUUUGCAGGCCCACUUCCCCCCCGUCCGACACGUGGAGAGUCCCCGCUGGCUCACGCCGGAGGAGUACGUGGGGAUCAUCUCUGACGCCAUUAAAAUGAACAAGAACGUGUGCCUGGGAAGAUACUUCUUCCAGCUGCAGGGGGAAGACAAAGUCAGCGCGGUGGACGGGUCGGAGCGGACGAUCGACGUGUGGCCUCUCAACCUGCUGCAGCCGGGCAGCCGCGACUACGAGGACGUGUGCAGCCUCUUCCUGCUGCAGAUGGCCUGCGUGCUCAACAUGUCCAGCAAGUGGCGCCACGCCAAGAUGAGAAUCUUCCUCAACGUGGAGACGGAGUCCAGCGACCAGGGCUGGGUGGUGAACGAGGAGACGUUCCGAGAGCUGCUGAAGAAGCUGCGGAUCCGGGCCUCCAUCAAGAUCGUGCCGUGGGACUCGGUGGUGGAGCACCACGACGCGACCCGGCCGGCGGAGGGGGACGCCGCCGGGGCGGCGCCGGCUCUGUCCGAGGACUUCCUGUCCGCGGUGAACUGCAUGCUGACGGAGAACAGCUCCCAGGCGGCCGUCCGCUUCCUGUAUCUGCCCCGGCCUCCGGCCCUCCACAGCCAGGCGCAGCAGUACCUGGCCCAGCUGGAGGCCGUGACCAGCGGCUUGGGGCCGACGCUCCUGAUUCACGGCGUCACCCCGGUCACAUGCACCGACCUCUGAGCGUAUGCCGUCAGCCGCUCCCUCCACCUUGUGUCAUCUGAUGCUACGCAAGCACCACAAUUAUCUUUUGUGUUUAUGUAGAAUCAAAUGAAUGCUGAGGUACAGUAUUUUUUUGAUUUCUCUUGCUGCAGUUUUUUUUUGUUUGUUUUUUGCUCUUUUACUGACACCGUUCUGUGCCACUUUGAGUUUUGUGCAGUUGAACAGGAUACUUGAACUUACUUGGUGUUUAAGCUAAGAAGUGCUUCAACAGAUUAGAGUCGGACUUUACGCCAGCGUUACCUCUUUUUGUGCUGCAUCUUUUGGUUAACCUUUCACCUCAGUGGAAAUGGGUCAAGCAACUGCACAGCUUAGGGCAUUGAGCACAAAGAUGUAAAAACGUCUACCUGUGGUUUCGGGGUUUGGGGUGAUGUGCACCAAAGAAAAGUGAAUUUUCUCCUUCGUGUUCUAGUGUCAUAAUUGUUCUUUUUCAUGUGUUGGUAUGCUUCACUGCUUGCUCUUCUUUUUUUUUUUUCUUCUCUCACAUUUGUGCUGGUUGCUGGACCAAGACAAGAGACUUUAUGUUUAUGACCUGAUUUGAGUACAAAUAUUUCAUUGUUGUGCACUUACACAAACAUUUGUUUGUUUUUUUUGCUGUUAACUGCGUCUUUCAGUUCUACAUAAAGGGAGCUGUUUUGCAGAUUUGAGCUCAGUGAUGAGCAUCCUGCACUGCAGUAGCUUGUGUUAAUUAAAAGAGAACUACACUGAGGUUUUUUUUUUUAUGUUUGUUAUGUAACACAGACUGUGUAGAUGCACCAGACAAGUUAAUGUAGCAAACCCAGAGGUACCAGAUAUAUUACUGUGAGCAUGCAGAAUCUGUUUCAGAGAAUGUCGGAACUAACACAGGAACACCAGUCUCAUUUUGGAUUGUGUUUUCGAUUAUGCACCUCCUGCGUACCGCAACCCCAAUCUAGAUCCAGAAAAUAUACAGUUAUGGAUGAACUGAUGUAUGACGACAAUAUCACUGCGCUGUUCUGUUUUCUUUGUCGUUUUUGAAUAAUGUUGUUGAAAACACAUGAAGGCCUAUAAGGCAACACUUGGAUCCCUUUCAGACCAGUUGAAAGGUGCGGGGUUUGACAUGAUCCCCACUAUUUACAAGCUUUGUUCAGGUAAUCGGGAUGUAUUUGAUUGAUUUUGGGUCCUGAAAAUAAUGGCUAAAUGGAUUUUAUGGAGCAUUACAGGAUGCAAAUGUCACUGCAGGUCACGUUCGCACUCCACAGCUGCUUGUUAGAGGGUUCAAUAUACUGAAUGCCACAUGUCCUGUUAUUAUCUCUAAAGCUGUUACACUCUUACAAUCCUGUAUUAAAAAAAAAGGACAUCACAUUAAUAAAACGAUUGUGCUGAUUCAUCUGUCAACUGUUGAUAACAAACACCAAAAAGAGAAAUUAAUGUCAACUGUCGAGGUCACUUUUGUUAAUCUGAACUGGAAUAAAAACCAAUAUAUGAC